AAUUUUGACAACUUGUAAAUUUAAUUCCUGGUUUAGGAAUCCCACUAGAAAUCUUGGUUUACUUUUAAACCUCUCAAUUACCCCUAUACUUUUGCAUUGAAGAUCCAAUUUGCAAUCAAAACUUUGUUUUGCAUUUUAUUUGUUUUUGUAUCAAAGUUCUCCAAAAUUCUUUUUUACCAAACUCUAUUUUCCACCCAUCUCAGUAUUAAAUCUGCCCAAGUCCGUGUUUGCAUUUAUUGUCCUGGGAGUUGGAUAUUAUUAUUCAAAUAAUUUUCCUAGAGACAAUAUGUUGAUAGGCUUGGAAAAGUUUUAACAUAUUUUCAAAUGACAAAGAGUUGGAGGUGGCCAAAGGGGAGGAGGGAUUAGGCGGUAACUUUUUGAGGAGGAAAGCAACUUGUUUAGGAUCCAAGAAAGGUCAGUUGGUAUGGAUUGCCACCCACCAUACAGCUUCUAAAAGGUCAGAGACGAGGAAGGUCGCAGAAGAUUUCAUGGUGCAUUCACUGGAGGCUUUUCUGCUGGCUACUACAAUACUGUUGGUUCAAAAGAGGGAUGGACUCCACAGACAUUUACGUCAUCGCGCAAAAAUAGAGCUGAAGUGAAACAGCAGAGUAUAUAUAAUUUUCUUGAUGAAGAUGAUGUUAAGGAUAUGGGAGGGCAUGCAUUGGAGACAUCCCUGCAAUUUGAUACCUUUGGAUUUACUGCUGCAGAAUUUGCCCGUAAAAAGGUGGAUAAGGAACAACAGAAGAGACCAUCAGCUAUUCCUGGACCUGUUCCUGAUGAAAUAGUUCUUCCUGCAGCAAAUUCUAUUGGUAUAAAGCUAUUGCAGAAAAUGGGAUGGCGUCGUGGUCAUUCUAUCAAGGACGCACAUACUGAUUCUUUAUAUGAAGCACGCAGAGAAGCUAGAAAAGCAUUUCUAGCCUUUUCUGGUAAUGAGGGAGGAGCAGAACUUGCUCAAAAUGAAUCAAGUAGGUCUGACUCUGAAGAAUGGACUGAAAAAUUCAGGGAUGGCAUCUAUGCUUCUCAAAAUACUCCUAAGUAUGUACUACAUCCGAAGCUGGAUUUACAUGGAUUGGGCUAUGAUCCGUUCAGGCAUGCUCCUGAAUUUAGAGAUAGGAAAACAUUCCAUGAAUUUAAAAACAAGGAUCGCCAUUAUAAAAGUGAUGUUUCAAUGAAGGGGAAUCUUUUAGCUUCUAACUCAGGAAAUUAUGCCCCAGGCUUCGGAAUUGGAGCACUUGAGGAACUUGAUAUUGAAGAUGAGGAUAUUUAUGCAUCAGGUUUUGACUUUGAACAAACUGAAGUUGAAGAAGUCGAGCCUUCAAGAAUUAUCAGACACAAUAAGUAUAAACUGGAAGAUAAAAAGCAGGGGGUUCUGCCUGGUUUUAAAGUUGCAUCGAUAUCUGACUACAAUGUUGAAAGAUUUCACCCUCCUGUUAUUCCAGCUGAUUUUGAGCCAUAUCACAAAUUUCCUAUCCCUCUUGAGAUGGAAGAUAAGUUAGCUGAGUUACCUCCACCUGAGGUACCUCCUCCAGAAGACAAUAAUUUGAGACUGUCGAUUGAAGGGCUUGCAACUUUGGUUGCACGUUAUGGAAAACAUUUUGAGGAUCUCUCCAAGGAGAAGCAUAAAUUCAAUCCAUUAUUCUUAUUUCUUAAUGGAGGAAAUGGCCACAGUUAUUAUGCGAGAAAGUUGUGGGAGGAGAAGCAAAAAAAAGUUGAUCAGCGAAGGAUGGAAGAUGUAAAAUCCAAGUCAUCUGUCCAAACAAUGACUGCAGACAGUCGUGGAAGAAUUCUUGGUGAAAAGCCCUUGGAGAGCAGCUCCAGUGGAUCUAGCUCAUCUACUGCCUUCAAAGAAGUCAUCCAUUUCCAGUCCAAUCUUUCAGAUACAUUUACCAAACCAAUCUCUGCUGUUGAGUUAUCAGAAUCUGCAAAACCUUUCAAAAAUGAUCCUGCAAAGCAAGAAAGAUUUGACCAAUUUCUUAAGGAUAAGUACGAAGGUGGCCUUCGUUCUACACAAUCCUUGGCUAGUAGUAUCAUGUCAGAGGUUGAUCGUGCCCGUGAGAGACUGGACUUUGAGGCUGCAGCAGAGGCAAUUGAGAAGGGCAAAGGGAACACAAAAAUUGGUGUUCCAUCAACCCACAGAGAUUUGCUAGGACUCGGGGAGCCAUUCUUUAUACCAUCAACCGGAAUAGAGAAACAUGAAAUUUCUCAAGAUGAAGAAAAGAUAAUGAAUAGGUUUUCCCCAAAGAGAGAGGAGUUUCAGUGGCGCCCUACACCCAUUCUAUGCAAGCGAUUUGAUAUCAUUGACCCUUUCAUGGGGAAGCCACCACCCUUGCCAAGACCCAGAAGCAAGAUGGAGACACUUAUCUUUAUGACAGAAUCUCUCAAGUCUUCAAAGACUGAAGAGACACGUUCUGCUACCAGAGACUCAAAACACAUAUCUCCAUCCGAAGUACAAGAGGUUCAGAAACAACCAACUGCUAACGAGCCUGACAUGGAGCCAAGCACUACAAGUGUGCAGAGGCCAGUUGAUCUAUACAAGGCAAUUUUCUCUGAUGAAUCUGAUGAUGAUGAGGAUGAUGCUAGUCCCAGCCAAGUGGUUGAUCUUGAAAGGAAGAAUGAAGGUGCUAACACGACUCUAAACCGUUUGAUAGCUGGGGAUUUUCUAGAAUCUUUGGGCAAAGAGCUAGGGCUAGAGGUUCCUCCUGAUAGCCAACCGUGUAAAGCCAACAAUUUGACCUUAACAGAAAAUGCUUCCAUCGAAGAUCUCAAAAUCCCAUCAACUAAUGAAAAAUCUACCUCUAAAUUUGAAAUGCCCAAAGUGCUCUUGGAAAACAAGGAUGAAGCUUGCAAACCAUGCCCUCCAGAAAAUGGCAAAAACAGUGCUUCUGCUUUUAAACCAUGUGAGAUUGAAGUUCCUCCUUUUAAUGGAGAUGGGCAUGGUCAUUGUUCCUCUUUGAAAGACAGUUUUAACAUCAGUUCAAGCAGUGGAGUGGCUAGUGGCAGUCCUGAUGUUAAAGAUGGUAAAGUUCAAGCAAAAGUUGAACAUGAUGCUAAAAUAAGCAGAUCGCACUCAAAGUAUCAAAGAAGCAGGGGUAGUUCUCCAGAUACUGAUUCUGGUGAUCAGCGUCGGGUUAAAAUAAGCAGAACUGACUCAAGACAUCGAGGCAGGAGCAAAACCCCAGAUACAGAUUCUUCUAGUGAUCAACAUCAUUCCAGAAAACAUAGAACUCACCCAAGGCAUCAUCAAAGCAGGAGCAGAACUCCAGAUACUGAUUAUUCUAGUGAUCAACAUAGGGCUAAAAGAAGUAGAACUCACUCAAGGCAUCACCAUGGGAGCACUGUACCAGAUAUUGAUACUUCUAGUGGUUUCCAGUAUCGUGAUCACUCAAGGUCUGGAGUAGAAAAAUGUUCACCUCAAGGAAAAAGGAAAAAGCACUCAAGACGCCACAAGCAAAAAGGGAGAUCUCCUGAUAGAUAUGCUAUCCAUGAGAAUGACAGGGAUCUCACAGAUGAUAGCAGAAAGGAUAGGAAUUCAGGGGACAGGGGAAGGCAUUCUGCAAAAUCAAAAUCAGAUGGUCACAGAAAGUACCGUUGAACAUACUUUAGAUGAAAGAGAUGCAAUGAUUCUAGAGUUGUAAGUGCUUUGUUUGCUUAUUGCUCAUUGUGCAUGCCUGCAUGGUCAAAACAAUGUCGUGCUUUCUAUUUAAUUCUAUCAGGCAUUAAAUAGUUGUUGGGGAUGGGUAUCUUUUCUAUUUUUCAUUUGUAUCAUGGUUUAUUUUAUAUUCUUGUAUAUUCCAGUCUAUCACUUAAGUGAUAUUUCCCACUAAGCGAAAUGGCACAUUAUAUGUCUGCCUCUUCCCGUUUAAGUUUUUGUUGCAUUGUAGCAGAUGUUUUGCUCCUGCACUUAAAGAUCU